GUCCCCGGUGCCUGCUUCGCCCUCCCCACCUCAGUGGCCUUAUAUCAUCACGGGCCACCGUCGCCUCCGAUCCGAGCCCGAAACUUCAGCAUGACCUCGGCGAGAAGAAGAGCAACGAGGAUGUGUCCACCAGAAACCCAGUUAUAACGCCAACUUGAAAAGACAGUCCCAUGGGCCAUAGCAGAAGGAAGCCCACAGAGUGGAGAUGUUCAGAAAGAGGCCUCCUCCAGAGGAGGAGAGAAGGGUCAGAGCCAAUGACAGAGAGUACAACGAAAAGUUUCAGUAUGCGAGUAACUGCAUCAUGACAUCCAAAUACAACGUCAUAACCUUUCUGCCCGUCAACCUGUUUGAGCAGUUCCAGGAAGUAGCCAACACCUACUUUCUUUUCCUGCUCAUACUGCAGUUGAUACCUCAGAUCUCCUCCCUCUCCUGGUUCACUACCAUCGUGCCUUUAGCUCUGGUGCUGAGCAUCACUGCAGUAAAGGAUGCCACAGACGACUAUUUUCGUCACAAGAGCGACAACCAGGUGAACAACCGUCAGUCUCAGGUCCUCAUCCGUGGCUCUCUUCAGAAUGAAAAGUGGAUGAAUGUUCGAGUGGGUGAUAUCAUUAAACUGGAGAACAACCAGUUUGUGGCAGCUGACCUGCUCCUGUUGUCCAGCAGUGAACCUCACGGGCUCUGUUACAUCGAGACAGCCGAGCUGGACGGAGAGACCAAUAUGAAGGUGCGUCAGUCUGUCUCAGUGACAUCUGAACUUGGAGACCCGAACAACUUGGCUUCUUUCGAUGGUGAGGUGGUGUGUGAGCCCCCUAACAACAAGCUGGAUCGUUUCUGUGGGACUCUGUACUGGAGAGAAAAGAAAUACACCCUAACCAACCAGAAUAUGCUGCUACGAGGAUGUGUCCUCCGCAACACUGAAGCCUGCUACGGCCUGGUCAUCUUCGCAGGCCCAGAUACCAAACUCAUGCAGAACAGCGGUCGCACGAAGUUUAAGCGUACAAGCAUCGAUCGUCUGAUGAACACUCUGGUCCUCUGGAUCUUUGGCUUCCUUGUGUGUAUGGGUGUGAUCUUGGCUGUUGGCAAUGCAGUGUGGGAGAGAGAGGUGGGGUCCUUGUUUCAGAGCUACCUGCCCUGGGAACCUCCUGUGGACAACUUUCUGUUCAAUGCCUUUCUGUCCUUCUGGUCCUACAUCAUCAUUCUCAACACCGUGGUGCCUAUAUCUCUGUAUGUCAGUGUGGAGGUGAUCAGGCUGGGUCAUAGCUACUUCAUUAACUGGGACCAGCAGAUGUUCUGCUCGCAGUGUAACACAGCAGCUGAGGCCAGGACCACCACUCUGAACGAGGAGCUGGGCCAGGUUGAAUACAUCUUCAGUGACAAGACUGGAACUCUCACUCAGAACAUCAUGAGCUUCAACAAGUGCUCCAUCAAUGGACAGACUUAUGGUGAAGUUACAGACCCACUUGGACCUCAGCCAAAGAGACUGGACUUUACUCCCUUCAACCCCCUGGCUGACCCGGACUUCUGUUUCUAUGACGACACUCUACUGGAAUCAGUGAAAGUGGGAGACUGGCACACUCACGAGUUUUUCCGCCUGCUCUCGCUCUGUCAUACUGUCAUGAGUGAGGAAAAGAGUGAGGGAGAGCUGGUUUAUAAGGCCCAGUCUCCAGAUGAGGGCGCUUUAGUGACAGCAGCCCGAAACUUUGGCUUCGUGUUUCGCUCCCGAACGCCUGGGACAAUCACCACAACGGAGAUGGGACGACCUGUCACCUACACUCUGCUCGCCAUUCUGGACUUCAACAACAUACGUAAAAGGAUGUCUGUUAUAGUGCGUAACCCAGAGGGAAGAAUCCGGCUGUACUGUAAAGGAGCUGACACUGUGCUGCUGGAGAGACUCCACCCCUGUAACCAGGAACUGAUGAAUAUCACCUCAGACCACCUCAAUGAGUAUGCAGGAGAUGGGCUGCGGACCCUGGCUCUGGCCUACAGGGACCUGUCAGAGGACGAGUGGGAGGCAUGGUCAGAGAGCCACCGCUGCGCUGACAAGGCCACCGACUGCAGAGAGGACCGACUGGCAGCCGCUUAUGAGCAGAUAGAGCAAGACAUGAUGCUCCUUGGUGCCACAGCUAUAGAGGACAAGCUACAGGAAGGUGUACCAGAGACCAUUGCUGUCCUCUCUCUGGCCAACAUUAAAAUUUGGGUUCUCACCGGAGACAAACAGGAGACAGCUGUCAACAUAGGUUACUCCUGCAAGAUGCUGACAGAUGAUAUGACUGAGGUGUUCAUCAUCAGUGGACACACUGUCCAGAGCGUGCGGCAGGAGCUCAGACGGGCCAGGGAAAGGAUGAUUGAACUGUCACAAACCAGAGAUGGAGGGAAGGAGACAGGGGUGGAGGGAUGGGGAGAGGCAUGCUUCAUGGGUAAUGGGUUCAGAGAAGGACAAGAAGGAGAUGGUACAGGAGGAGGAGGGGGAGGGAAACAGCUGCAGUGCUCUCCUCCGCCUCCUCCUCCUCCUCCUCCUCCUCCACCUCCCUCCAACCUCAUGGACAACAUCUCUGGAGAGUUUGCCCUCAUAAUCAACGGUCACAGUCUGGCCCAUGCUUUAGAAGCAGAUAUGGAGAUGGAAUUUGUGUCGACGGCGUGUGCAUGCAAAGCAGUGAUCUGCUGCCGAGUCACCCCGCUGCAAAAAGCUCAGGUGGUGGAGCUCAUCAAGAAACACAAGAAGGCCGUCACUCUGGCUAUAGGAGAUGGCGCUAAUGACGUUAGCAUGAUCAAAAGUGCUCAUAUUGGAGUUGGUAUCUCAGGUCAGGAGGGGAUCCAGGCCGUGCUGGCCAGUGACUACUCCUUCUCCCAGUUCCGCUUCCUUCAGCGCCUCCUGCUGGUCCACGGCCGCUGGUCCUACCUGCGCAUGUGCCGUUUCCUCUGCUACUUCUUCUACAAGAAUUUUGCCUUCACCAUGGUGCACUUCUGGUUUGGCUUCUUUUGCGGCUUCUCUGCUCAGACUGUGUAUGAUCAGUACUUCAUCACACUCUACAACAUUGUCUACACCUCCCUCCCUGUGCUGGCCAUGGGAAUAUUUGACCAGGAUGUUCCUGACCAAAGGAGUCUGGAGUAUCCUAAGCUGUAUGAGCCUGGGCAGCUCAACCUCCUCUUCAACAAGAAAGAGUUCUUCAUCUGCAUCGCACAGGGCAUCUACACAUCAGUGGUGCUGUUUUUUGUGCCCUAUGCUGUCCUGUCUGGUGCCACUCAGAGCAACGGCGUGCCCCUCGCCGACUACCAGACCUUCGCUGUCACCACGGCAACAGCCCUGGUCAUAGUGGUCAGCGUACAGAUUGCUCUCGACACAGGCUUCUGGACAGUCAUCAACCAUGUGUUUGUGUGGGGGUCUCUGGGUUCCUACUUCACCAUCAUGUUCGCUCUGCACAGUCAGACCCUCUUCAAGAUCUUUCCUAAUCAGUUCCACUUUGUAGGUAGUGCUCAGAGCACAUUAUUGCAGCCAGUCGUGUGGUUAACUAUUGCACUGGCAACAGCAAUAUGCAUAGUUCCAGUUUUGGCAUUCCGCUUCCUCAAGCUGGACCUUAAACCUCAGCUCUCAGACACGGUGCGCUACACUCAGUUGGUGCGGCAGAAGAAGCGGAAGCCAAUAGGUCGCAGUAUGGGAGGUGCCUGGCGUGGCGUGGGCAGCGUGUCAGAAGGUCGUCUGGGUGCUCGGGGAGGUUCUAGGAGGUCAGGCUACGCCUUCGCCCACCAGGAGGGUUUUGGAGAGUUGAUCACCUCAGGGAAGAACAUGAGGCUCUCGUCUCUGGCACUGGCCACCUUCGCCUCCAGACACAGCUCCAGCUGGAUCGAUACGCUCCGCAGGAAGAAACAUACUCACACUCAUACACCCCCUAGCGCCUCGGGGGAGUGCAGUCCAGCACCCAGUUGUGUCUCUGGGUCAGUUCCACCUCUCUCGAACUCCUCCUCUGUUCUGGGCGGCUCACAAGAUACACCCAUCGAGGAGGAAACAGGCACAGCACCAGCCCAAAAUACACAGACUGUUCCCAUUUCAUCCACACAAACCCCACCAGCUUUGGCGCCGGAUUCAGAAUCAGCUGCACCUCAGGGUCCGGCUCAGGCCCUCAAUGCUGGCGUCCUCAGCUCCUCAUCAGUGAGAUGCCAGGGAGGAGACUCACCUGGAGGCUGGACGCUCACUCUGGGGACUGUGCAGGAAGCUCUGUUUGGUUGGAAGGGUAUUACGGCUCGUACCAGUGCGUCCAGCAGCCCAGGCGCACCCUCUGCUACCAAGGAAACCAGCCAGACUGACUGAUAUGUCUCAAAAUAAAUCAUUUAUGUCCGAAGAAGGAAGUGGCACUUCCUGAUGACAUGGACUUCAGCAACUAUGAAUUGGGAUUCAACAGUCAUAUAUUCACGUUCGCACAGCAUACGAUGACUGCGCUCGUGAGUGGCUGGUAGAACAUCAUGAGAUUUAUAACUGAAAGACAGCAGCAGGUGCAGAAACAGCUGUGAAGAUAACUUAUUAUUGAUAAUCUAAAAGAUUGUUUCCACUUUCACAAAGAUUAGCCUCAUUCACAGCCAAGCCACACAGCAUCUCAUCAACAGUGAGAUGAAUGAAUGAGCAGUAUAACUUUCAACCAGUGAAGUGCAAACAUUAUAAUCUGUAAAAGUGUUUUUUCUGUCUCUGUGUUCACUAUAGUUCUCAGUGAGAACGGUACCUUAAGUUACAGAACACUGCAAGACUCUUUCAAGACUUUUGUCCCUUUUCUCUCAUUGAUCUCUUUUCUUACUUAUUUUACCUCUACUCCAUGUUUUCUUUUUUUGCAUCAUAUUGAUGUGUUUUAUAAUGGCCUAGUUGAGUUGCACCUUAAAGCAAACUCUCAGUGCUUAUUUCUCCUAAUUUCAAGUUAGGCCUUUUUUGGCCUGAUAGAGGCCCAGAUCAUGUUAAUGUUCUUCUGAUGUAACUUCUCAUCAAAACAAAGAAACUCUGAAAAUCAAAAAGGUAGUUACAGCUAUUUAAAAGUGGUUUGUCGAAGUUUCAGUCAUACAUGUCACUUUUUGUCUAAACAGUUUUGCGGUUUCAUACAGUCUACAUACAUUUCAGUAAAGAGUGCUUUCAUUUUUAAAGUUUAUUUGAAUGCAGGGAAGGUGUUUGGAGAUAAUCAUGCCUUAACAAUGCCAAAAUUGUGGUCCUCUAACCUUAAUAUUCUAAUUCCUGAUUCAUCAGUCAAGCAUAGAAUCCCAUCUGUGUUGCAAAUGCAGACCCCUAACCCGGACUGGGGUGAGAUAAUCAUUAAGUAGGGUAACCAAAGGAACAGUAUAAGUCUGCUCUCAGAUCUCUCCCUGUACAUCAUCAACAAAGCAGCUACGAAAAUAAGGCAGAAACUUAUUACAGUGAAUGUACUGUACCGUAUUUGGCCCCAUGAAGUGUUCAAGCACGGGUCAUUUCUUAGAUGACGUGGAAAUGUUGAAUUGUGGUGAAUAAACAUGCUAUCUCUCUUUCACAUGAGAGGAGACGCUGUGUCAAUGCAAAUGUGGUUUCAUAUAGCAACCAAAGUUAAAGGUAGAAAAUGACUUUGUGCUGCAAGUAGCAGUGGAGCGUGAAAGUGAAAAAGAACUGAGAAGAUGAGAAAUUUUUUUGUGUUUUAAUUUUAACCACAAAAACAGUUUUGUGGCAAAAAGCACCCAAAUGUCCUCCACUUAAUCUUGGUGUGCCAUCAUUUUCUAUAGGCGAAGGUGAGAAUAGAAAGAGACAUUUUGAGUUGUGUGCGAAAUCACAAAGCAACAAGUUUUUUUUUCUUACUUUGGAAUAAAAAAAAAAAUAAUAAUGCAACAUUUAUAGACUACAUAAAUGUUUUAAAAAAAUACACAUUCCAACACAGUAUACAGUUGGAAUAGUGUAUUAUAUCUGAUAAUUAUAAGGAUAGUACAAAAACGGUACAAGAUAUUUGAAAUAAAAAUACAUAU